GGAGACACGGGCUGCUCUUGUCACACCGCCGCCUCCUUGUUCUCCUGUGUGACGAAUGACGUCAGCUGGGGAUAAUAUGGCGGCGGAAUCUUCCGGGACAGGACCGUUAGGAUGGCUUCUCAGUUGGCUGCCUACUUGGUGUCCCACUUCUUUGUCUCUUCUCGAGGAUGCUGAGAGUAAAAUGUUACAGGGUGUCAGAAGUAAAUUUACGAAAAAAUAUAUUACGCUACCAAGUGGCAACAAGAUAUGGACACUAAUGUUCAAUCAGGACACUCAUAACAAAACUCCACUUGUUCUGAUUCAUGGAUUUGGAGGGGGAGUUGGACUUUGGACUUUGAACUUUGAUGCACUUAGCAUACAACGCACUGUAUAUGCUUUUGACCUUAUAGGUUUUGGUCAAAGUAGUAGGCCUCAUUUCAGUACUGAUUCUGUACUGGCAGAAACACAAUUUGUGGAGUCUAUAGAGGAAUGGAGAGCUACAGUGGGAAUGGAGGAAAUGAUUUUGUUGGGACAUAAUCUUGGAGCUUAUUUGGCUGCAUCAUACUCAAUUAAAUAUCCACAAAGGGUAAAGCACCUUAUUUUGGUUGAGCCAUGGGGAUUUCCGGAGCGACUGAACCAUGGAGAACAGGAGCGACCAAUGCCAAUCUGGAUAAAAGCCCUGGGUGCAAUCCUCAGUCCCUUCAAUCCAUUGGCAGGCCUUCGAUUGGCUGGACCCUUUGGUCCAAUUCUGGUUCAGCGGUUAAGGCCAGACUUCAAACAAAAAUUCUCCUCAGUUUGUGAAGAUGAAAGUACUGUCACCGAGUAUAUUUAUCACUGCAAUGCCCAAACUCCCAGUGGUGAAGUUGCUUUCAAGAACAUGACUAUACCUUAUGGUUGGGCUAAACAGCCAAUGCUAUUGCGGAUCAAUCAGAUACAAGAGGACAUCUCCAUCACAGCAAUUUAUGGAGCACGUUCUUGCAUAGAUGGCUAUUCUGGAAAACAGAUCAAAGCACUAAGACCAAAAUCCUCCGUCAACAUAAUAGCAAUUCGAGGUGCAGGCCAUUAUGUGUAUGCUGAUCAACCAGAAGACUUCAAUCAAACAGUACUGGGAAUCUGUAGUACUAUAGACUAAUAGCUGUACCGAGAAUUUACUGUUGUGUACUUUAACAAUCACAACACCAAGAAUCUGCAUUCCUGUACGUUGCCAAUCAGACAGUGCUAAGAAUCUGCAGUUCUGUAUAUUAAUCAUUCAAUCUUGGAUUUCUAUAGCACUUCUAACUAACCUCUGCAUUUCUAAUUCAAAAUGUAAUGAAUGCAAGCAAGGAAGUCAAUGUAACUACAUUAGUUUAGCAUCAGAAGUUGCAUAAUUCUUUCUGAAACUUUGAAAUUCAAACUGAAACUCAUGCUGAUUUCUUUCAUCUUUGUUGAAACAUUGUUUUGAACCUAUUUAGUAUUAUUAUACCAAGUUUUAGUUUUGAUUACCUCUGCCAUUGCAGUAUUUAAUUGUGCAAUAUUAAUUCUGAUGUCUUAACUAUUUAAUAUAUUUGUACAAUUUUAAUGGUCUGAUUACAAAGAUUUUUGCUUUGAUUGAAAAUGUAAAAGCUUUUAAGAGAAAUUUAUUAAUUUAAAUUUACACUUAAAAUACACCUUAGACAACAGAUUAUUUCAAAAUAUGUUUUGCCCUAGUCUUCUGUUCAUUUUCUCUAUAUUAUUUGCUCGCAUAAGUGAAGUCACUGCACUCCAUGAACACCCUGAGGCAUUUCUGAGAAAUUUGAUAAAUUGCUGUGUCACUGAGGAUCUUUUUAUGUCUUAGUCGAAGAUUGUGGUAACCAAUUGCUGCUCAGUUCCCUCUUCCAAAGAAUUCACAGCAAGAAUCACAUUCUAUUGAUACUUUGAUCGGUGUCUGUAAUUGGCUGUCUGUAGACACUUCUAGCACCAGUUCAACAAUCAGAACUCUGCAUUAAACUUCAGAAGGAUUUCAGUAAUGUACAUCACCUCUGUUUAGAGUGAAAGAUGAAGAUAAAACAUCUGAUAUCCUCAGUAACAGAAUAGCACUCCUAUUGCUGGAAGCUAACCUAUGGUCAUUGAACAUUGCUUUCUGCUUUCUUUCAGUCUGAUGGACUGAUUGGACAUUGCCUUGGCCAUGGCAACAACAGGACUGCAAUGAGAAACAUAGGCAAAAAGUAUGUUCUGUAGAUUGUAAGCCAGUUAUUAAAUGUAAUGAAAGGAUUCAUGCAUCUGUGUGCUGCAGAGAUACAUGUUAUGGACCAGGCCAGACCCCUCAAAACAUUUCAAG